CUCCCCAUUGCGGAAACAUGAAUUCGAUAAAAUGGCGGCAGUCGUCAAAAAGAAAACCAAGAAACCUCUGCCUAUUUGUAAAUACGGCUCUAAAUGCUACAGGAAGAAUCAACAGCAUCUAGAAAGUUAUAGUCAUCCUGAUAAGGCGGAAGAAAAUGAAAUUAAAACGGUCAGUACUGAAAAAAAUGUCAAAAAGACCAUAACAACAAUUGAAAGAUAUUUUGAAAGUUCUAAGAAAAAACAUGACUUAUCAGAUUCUGAUGCCGAAGUUGAUGCUAAGUCUAGCAAAGCGAAAAAGUUGAAGCCAGAAAGUCCUUCCUGCUCAACUGAUGUGGAGAGCUUAGAGUCAGAUGUCAAGGCAGCGCAACACUCGGAGGUUAAUGUCGGGCAUAAAUCUGAGGAUUCAGUUUCUCCAGAGCUAGAAGACCCAGAUGACCCUUGUUCUUCAUCCCCAGAAGAUGUUAAAGAAAACAUAAAGAGAAAGUUUCUGGUUGACAUGCCGGAUGAUUUUUACAGUUUCUGGGAGUUUUGUAAAUCUUUGAACCCAAAGGAUCCCACCAGGGCCCUAGCCAACACUUUGAAGCUUUAUCUGGUUGGACCAUUUGAUAUUUUACAUAACAAACACAAAGAGGUGACCAAGAACAAACAUGGUAGGCGGCCAAACUACCUUAUUCACUACAGAUAUAUGUACGACCCACCCGAGUUUCAGACUGUCAUUACCACAACAGAAGAAACUAAACUGCAUUUUGGAUACUACAGAGAUGAUCCUCAAGAGGCUCCAGUCUUUGUAGGCAGUAAUUCCCCUGGAGAUAGUAGCAAAGAAAAAAUUUCCUUAUGUGGAGAGAACUUGUUUGCAGCAGUAUACAAUCAUGCAACCAAGAUUUUGAAAACAUCUUCUGGGGAAAAGAAAAAACAACUUGAGAAGCUGAUCAAAUCUCUGGAGCAAGAAGCAGCUAGGCUUGACCUUCCCCUUGCUGGCAGCACCAAACGAAUGAAGGAGAGGCAGAAGAAAGUCGUAUGUGCGACUUUUCAUGGUGCUGGAAUCGUGGUGCCAGUAGAUGCCAAUGAUGUAGGCUAUAGGCCAGUUCCUGAAACUCCAGCCAACUUGCGAGCUAUGUUGAAGAGAAUUGUGGAGAGCAAGACCCAAGCAGAAAAAGACAAGUCACUGGAUGAUCUGCAAGAAAUUAUCACUUACGUACAGUUUGCUAAUGAUGAGUGCGAUUACGGAGAGGGCCUUGAACUUGGUUUGGAUUUGUUUAGUUACGGGAGCCCACUCUUACAUCCCCAGAUAGCCAGUCUUCUUCCGCUAGCCUAUCAACUGUUGAACAGAAUAGAGUUUAGCAAGAUAAUUGAGGCACAUCUGCAGUGUAGGAGAGCUGUGAAUGAAUGUGUUGAUGAGUUGGCUUUAUAGAUUGUUGGAACAUAGUAUGGAGUUGGUGAAGUGUCUGAAUUUGGUAUGUGCUGGCUUUUUUUUUUUUUUAUUGUGUUUUUCUAAUUGUGUGAAUUUGUUGGUCUUGUGUCUGUAUUGAUGAGCUGGUCUUGUGAAGAAUUUGUGUUGAUGAGCUGGUCUUGUGAAGAAUUUGUGUUGAUGAGCUGGUCUUGUGAUGUGUGAAUGUGUUGAUGAGCUGGUCUUGUGAAGUGUUUGAUUGUUUGUAUGACUUGUCAGAAUGAAACUUUUUAAGAUCUUGUAAAUUCCAGCAUCUAUAGUCAUCUUAUAUAUUAAAGAACUUCCUAAAAAAAAAAAAAAAGAAAAAGAUAACUGUUCUUUAAUAGUCAUUAGAAAUAAAACUACUUAGAUAUUUAUGGCUGUUUCUCACAACACAUGCCAUGCUAUAAGGACCUUUAUUUAAAAAAAGUACUUGCAUGAUUUUGUCCUGGCAUAUGGAAUAAAAGAAAAUGUCUUUUUUA